AUGGGACUCUUAGCAUCUAUCAGAAAUCGUCGUUCCGGUGCGGGAAAACCGAGGCCUCCUCCUCAAUCAUCAACCCAUGUGCAGCAGCCUAUGCCAUAUUCCCCUGCCACAGUUGGUCCAACUACCUAUAACGCUCCGACGAAUUUGACUCCCAUCGAGCAGGAAAACCGACGCCUUCUCCAACUCACGCAAAGUAUGGAAGAAGAGAGAAUGAGAGAGCAGGCCCUCGUCAACCAGAUCGUCGAGGCCGCCUAUCGAGAGAGAUAUGGUGAUCAGUGGCACCUUCAUCUUCAAAAUCAGCACCUGACACCACUCGAGAUCAGACGCAAGCCCGUUCCCUCUAGCCAAUCAACCUCUCGGGACACCAGCCCCGGCGCCUCGUCCCACUAUAGCGGCACUACGAUGGACGAGCACGCUGAGGGAUCUCAGCUGAACACACCGAGUCCCAACUCCAGCAGAUCCGGCUCCCAAAGCCCUCACAGAAGCGAACAUGAAGGAAGCAGUGGCCAAGCAGACCCUUCUACAACAUUUGUCGACGGGAGCAAUCACUCGCAUGUGGUCAACGCCGGGAAUAAUAUGCACCCUUAUGCUGCAGUUUGGCCUAUCAGCUACGAUCCUCCGCCAUACACUGCCCACCGACCUCUUUCUGUUAUCUCGGAGGAAGGCACAGGCCAGACAGCAGUUCAAACAGCAGCUCGACGUGCACUUCUGCUCGCAGCUCAGAAGCAGGUCGUGCCCGUGGUAGUGAACAAGAAGAAGAAGAAGUUGAAGUAUGAACCAGCUCCCCUGAACCAUCUUACUCGAGGAACAAUGCGGAAGAAGGUUAUGGGUACUUCGAAGUAA